CAGUGUGCGGCGGGCUUAACAUUGCAAGGGUCAUUCGACAAACUGAAGAUUGUCAACGUUAUCAAUAAAACAGACGCAAUAGAUUUAUACACAAGCUCUACGAGUACAAAUCAUCAAAACGCCAUGGAGAACUUAGUGUUCUCUAUAUUUCAUUUUUUUACGAACAAAGCCCGAGAUGCUGCAGCAGACAGGCUAGAAAACGGUGAUGUUGGUAAUGAAGGAUUUCGGGAGCUUAUCAAGCGAGAUUUACACGACAUCAAAACAAAGCUAGAUAAUCUUUCGAAAAUAGACCUUUGCUCCAGUUUAAACUACUUGGAGGAAGGAUUUAUUCUACUUUUUAAUUGCAUUGACGAAGUUGAAAGUGAUAGAGAAUGUGAAGAAGCAAGUAAUAAUGAUGAGUCUCAGGCAACUUGUACUGCCAUCACCACCAGGUAUGAUCUUUCCCGUGCAAUACAACAUUCAAAGGAUUUUAAAAUGGCAAAAAAACGAUUUGAAGAUUCCCGUAAGAAAGCAACGGAUGUUUUCAACAACAAAAAUUUAAGCUUGAGCGACAGAAUAUUUGCCGUUAUUGUUAAGAUCAUGGCACAAAUUUUUGAAUGUCCGAAGAAUCGAAAGAAUCUCAUUGAUUUAUGUUUAUUUUAUAUAAAAAGGCUGCAUGAAUUGGACGGUGUUCGUAAAAUGUUCUCUGUUUUUAUCGGUGGUGGCAUGAGAGCGAUGUUCAAAAAAUCUCAAAGAAUGGAAAACAUAAAGUCUGUCAUUCUUCUCAACCAUCAUUUAUAUCAGUUUAUUUUAAGGAUCAACAAGAAUCACGAUCAUUUAUCAACUUGGCCAAGUAUUGAACUUGGAGACGGUGAAAUGUUUAAUCCAAUACAGGACUGGCGCAAGGAAUUUGUGUCGAGUCUUGGUAUAAAAAUUUGAUUGAAUCUUCCCAAGAAAUGGAAAAAUGAAAACCAUGAUGUUUGAACUUUUGGACAAGAUGACUAUAAAUGAACAUUUUGCUUCAAUAUUGACAUCACCAGUUGAAUUAGUUAUGGAUGUAUUAAGAAGUGAUAUUUUGGUUGCUGGAGGCGACACACAGAGUGUUGAAAUAUUUUCAUGGAAGGGGAAGAAAUGGUUUGAGAUUGCAUCAAUGGAAAAUGAACACAUUGAGGCUUCAUCAUUUAUUUAUAAUGAUAAUUUAUUUGUUGUUGGAGGAAAACGCUGCAAGUCAAUGGAGGCAUUGAAUAUAAAACAGUUUCCUUUGACAUGGAGAAAAGUUCCCACAGAGCUUCCUUAUGAAUGUCGGGGUCAUCAAACUGUUGUUUAUAAAGAACAAAUCUUUCUCAUUGGAGGAUAUAUUGAUGGUAAAAAAUCAGAUUUGAUCAGUGAAAUAAAGAUUACUGGUGCAAAAUCUCAUGUUUUAAAAGAGUUGUGUCAUAUGCCUGAACCACUUAAAGGCCAUAGAGCUGUUGUUGUUGAUGAUAAAAUUCUUAUUUUUGGAGGAGACGAAAAAUAUACACUACUUUUGUCCAGUGUUUUGGAGUUUGAUCCAAGGACUCUUACAUUUAGGGAAAUGCCUCCAUUACCUCCUAAAUUGAUUGGAAUGGCAACAGUUCAAUGGAAAGAUCAAGUUGUUCUACUUGGAGGUUGGGAUAGAAGAAAAAGAUUGAACAGUGUUAUCAUGUAUGACAUUAAAACAGGUAAGAUUACAGUCUUACCAUCUAUGUUG